CCCUGGGGGCGCGGGGCAUUGUGGGGAAUGGGGACGCCCCGCGCCCUUCCUCCCUUGGCGCCCGCCGCUCUUUUGCGGCUCUGUCGUAAAACGGCGGCUGUCGCUUGGCGGCCCUAGCUGAGGGCUGGGCCGGCCGCGGAGUGGCGCGGGGCUGCAGCACAGGCGGUUUGAGCGGUGGGGCUCGCGCGGCCGGAGCAGGAGGCGGACGGGAGCGAGCGCCCGGGCCGAGCGGGAGGAUGCUUCCCUUAUCCCUGUUGAAGACUGCACAGAACCACCCUAUGUUGGUGGAAUUGAAAAAUGGAGAAACAUACAACGGUCACCUAGUGAGUUGCGAUAACUGGAUGAACAUCAACCUAAGAGAAGUCAUCUGCACAUCAAGGGACGGAGACAAAUUCUGGAGAAUGCCAGAGUGUUACAUUCGCGGCAGCACAAUUAAAUAUUUGCGUAUCCCAGAUGAAAUCAUUGACAUGGUGAAGGAGGAGGUGGUGUCAAAGGGCAGAGGCCGUGGUGGCAUGCAGCAGCAGAAACAACAGAAAGGCCGAGGAGGUGGAGGUGCUGGGCGAGGAGUGUUUGGUGGUCGUGGCCGAGGGAUACCAGGGAGUGGAAGAGGGCAGCAGGAAAAGAAGCCAGGCAGACAAUCUGCAAAGCAAUGAGACUCUGUCUGUACCUUUGCCAGAGACAGUGUUGGGAGGUUAUCUGGUUUUGUCACCUCUGGAUUGUCAUGUGUAUAAAGGUGUUAGAUUUCUAAACUUCAAUUAAUCAAGCUAAACAAACUCUGAAUCAUCAUGCACCUUGUCAGUCCCUCCGAUCCUAGUCUGCUGGUAAAGCUAGAGUAAUUGCUGUCACUUUUUUAGCCAGUAAAUCCAUAAUCUGAAAGAUUUGGGUUCUUUUUUCAGUUUGAUAAAGGAGGUGACUUCAGUAGACUGUCUCCUGAGAAGAGUUACAUUCUGUUUAAUUCUUCAGGCUCACUAUAUUUUUAAUACACACACAAAUGUUGUCCCUUGUAUGUUUUAAGAACUUGUGUAAACAUCUUGAGGACAGUUUGGUUUUGUUCUUUGUUUUAUACUUGAAACCAGAUUUGGUAGGUUUUUACAUCUGUUGCAUACAUAACUUUUUAGUUAGAAACAUUGAAAUUGAGGACAUUGUAUCUUUGCUUAAGAGCUGUCUCAAAGAGUCCUUUUUUUUUUUUUUUUUAAAUCCUUUUUUAACUAGCCCUCUGUUUCUGAUGAGGCAGUUCUCUCUCUCUUCCCCCCCCUCCCCCAUGCCUUGAACCAUAGGCCAAGGGGAAAACACUCUUGGGUUGUGUGAUUAAAAACUGAAAAUAAUAAACCAAUUACUACAAGUUCUCAAAUCACAUCACUAA